AUGACACGUUUCUUUGCUCCGAAUCGUGAACGAAAUCCAGGUUCACAUAAAAUAUUGUCUUCAAGUUCUCGCUUGACCGAAGAAUUUAAGAAGGAGUCGGAUAAAUUAUGUGAAAAUUAUUAUCCAAUAGAAAUAGAUAAGGUAUUGACAAAAGAAGAAAAAAUACCUUUCAUGAUCGAAUGGUGGGGAAAGGCUCAUGAACUUUUAAUAGGUCAAAAUAUCAAUAAGAAAGACGUAAAAGGCAUGGUAGCAGAGACUCCAACAGAAUUGAGACCAGGAUUGGAUGUUUUAAUUAGAAAGUGCAAAGAUAACGAUAUACCAUUCUUGAUAUUUUCAGCUGGAAUUGCUAAUGUCAUUGAAGAAGUUCUUACCACGAGAAACCUUUAUCAUCCUAAUAAUAUGCAUAUCAUAUCUAAUCAGAUGGGAUUUAAUUCAAAAACCGGAAUAUGUGAUCAUUUUAAAGUACCUCUGAUUCACGUAUUCAACAAAAAUGAGAUUAUAAUCAAGAACAGUCCUUAUUACAAUACUAUCAAGAAUCGCGGGAACGUUAUUUUACUGGGGGAUUCUAUUGGUGACAUCCAUAUGGCGGACGGAAUUCAACACAAUAUUUGUUUAACCGUUGGCUUUUUAAAUCAUGAUGUUGAGGAUUAUAUAAAUACUUAUUUAGAAACGUUCGAUGUUGUUGUAGUUGAUGAUGGACCAAUGGAUAUAGUAAAUCAUAUUCUGGAUGCUUCCCUAGUUGGAAUGGGUCAAAAUAGUUAUGAAUUACCACUGAUUCGCUAUAAGACGCCAAAAAAUGCAUCCUAA